AUUCUGUCAAUUUUUCGAUCUCUUCAGUCCUGAAAGUGUUCAUUGAUCUCUUCACACUUUGAAGGAAGCAUGGCACUCGCAGGGUCUGUCGGUGCGGCGGUGCCGGUGAAGGUUGCGGCCAUCUGCGGUUCACUUCGUAAAGCCUCAUACAACAGAGGCCUCCUUCGAGCUGCGAUCGAGCUAAGCAAGGGAGCCAUUGAAGGUCUCCAGAUUGAGCACGUCGAGAUCGCUGCUCUGCCGAUGCUGAAUACCGAUCUUGAAGAAGAAGGGAGGUUUCCGGCGGAAGUUGAAGCAUUUCGCCAGAAGAUUCUAGAAGCCGAUUGUUUUCUUUUCGCUUCUCCUGAGUAUAAUUUCUCAGUGUCUGCACCAAUGAAGAAUGCGCUUGACUGGGCAUCAAGACCUCCCAAUGUGUGGGGAGGCAAAGCUGCGGCCAUUGUUAGUGCAGGAGGGAGCUUAGGUGGUGGAAGAGGCCAAUUUCAUCUUCGUCACAUUGGAGUCUUUCUUGAUCUUCACUUCAUCAACAAGCCUGAGUUCUUCCUCAAUGCAUUUCAGCCUCCUCCUAAGUUCAAUCCUCAUACUGGCGACUUGAUUGAUGAAGAUGCUAAGCUCCGAUUGAAAGAGGUCCUUCUCUCCUUGAAGGCUUUCUCUCUCCAACUUCAACCUAAAACCUGAAUCA